UCUAUAUUGAGGGCGCUACAUAAGCCAGCUAGCUCUGAGGUUUGCUUGUCAGAACGUCGAAAUUUGCUGGAAAACUCGACUAGCGUUACGUCUAGCUACGGCCAUACGGGACUCCCCCCUUAGAUACAUACCCGUACAUGUAUGUAGCUGAAGUGUCCAGAGCCUGAAUGGACCAGACCAGUUUUGUUGGGUGCCUUCUGUUCGUGGACUGUGGUGAUUCCUUGGGCACAUUCCAGGGAGAGGUGACAGAUGUCAACAAAGACCAGCAGACCAUCUCUCUCAAGAGACCCUACUGGAAUGGAAUCAAGUUUGAAGCCCCAGAAAUCACUCUCCGAGCUGUAGACAUAAGGGAUUUAAAAAUCCUGCAGUCCUUCGAAGAACACAAAGCCGACGCACCCGAGAGAAAAGACACAAUCAAAACCUCCCACAGCGCACCCCUGCUCAAUGGAGCAGACGUGGUCCAGCACAGCAAUACACCAAACAGCAAGCACAGAGCGUCAGAUAACGACAGACAGAGGACACCAAGGAAACAGGAUCGACAGUCCGGCGGCGGUGCGCACAGCAAGACGCCAACAAAACAACGCAGCGGGGAUGCGUCGAACCAGAAAAAUGCUUCAGGGGGCAACCAGACGACGAUAUACUCGGGUACUCAGCACUCAGCAUUUCAAAGAGUUCAGAAGGAGGAGGGCAAAGGUCAAGGGUCAGAGGAGGAGAGAGAAGCAGCGGAUUCUGAGAAAGGAAGAAAAAACAGAUACUACUCAGGAAACUUAGACACCAACCAGAAAGUGCGAUCCUCGCCUCGCAAAAUCGACGGCGGCCAGAAACAGAGGCGCAACUUUGGUGCAAACGCCAGAAACGAGGAGUGCUUCAGCGCCCCAGUGGAGUCAUUCCUCGCAACGGACUUUGACUUUGACAAGAGCAUGAGAUCCUUCAACAAGGCCGCCAUCUUUGAGGAGAUCACUUCGACAAUGGCCAUGGGAGACAACAAGAAGAAGGUGAAGAAUAUCCCCCACGAUGAGCAUAUUCUGUUGGAGAAUGUUCCAGCUUUCCUCCAUGACAAGGGGGGCAGACAAGUGAAGUGCACCUCCUAUACAUCAGAAACUGGUGUGGUCAUCCCAGCAGCAUCUGUAGACAUGGUCCAGAGCCUGUACCAAGCAGCUGACAAACUGGGUCUGACCACUGAGAGGAGACUCGAAGCUGGUGGUGUGAGCGUCUCUAAGAUGGCUUUAGACCUCAUCGUUGGGAAAACCAGGGUAGCUAAUCAGCCCUCCGUUCUUGUCGUCUGCGGCCCGCACCUACAGGGGGCCCAGGGCAUCAACUGUGCCCGGCAUCUGGCCAAUCACAACGCUGACGUCAUACUCUUCAUGCCCAACUUUGCCAAGAUGCCCGAGGUGGUGACGGCAGAGCUGAGGCUGUUCAAGGAGACAUCUGGGAGACAUGUGACCAACAUCAAAGACUUGCCAGAGGAACCCCCAGAUCUGAUCAUCAGCGCCUUGGACACGCCAACCGACACCUCCCUGUCCAAGCAGCCCUGGCUCAAGAGCAUCGUCACUUGGGUCACGGCCAACAAGGCCUCGGUUCUCUCCGUCGAUCCAAGUCCCAACCACAGCGUCCGGAGCAAGUGGUCCGUCGUAACGGCUCUACCUCUGUCCUACGACAACACUAAUGCCGGCUUGCUGUAUCUCUGUGACGUGGGCAUUCCGUGCAAGGUUUUCAGUUCGGUCGGCGUGAAGUACACGUCACCGUUCAAGGACAAGUUUGUUGUGAGGCUUCAUAAUCGUUAAAUGGCUCAGGAAAACUGGUGCAUGUAUUGUCAUGAUAUCGUCAAAACUUGUUGUGUUAGUGCUGUAAAAACAUUUCCUUAAAUGUUUCAUUCCCUAUUUAUUUUAUACAGGACCUAAUCAUCUAAACAGGAUAUUUUCUAUGCUAUUUUCAUGAAAAGAAGAAAAGGGAAGUUCUUGCAUGCAGUUAUUUAAGCUAAAGUGAAAAAUGGUUUUAAAAUGAAUAUGUGGUUACCAUAUUCUUUUGAAUAUAAUUUAUACCUUGAUUGCAUUUUGUAAAUGCAUAUUUUUUAGAAGUAUUAACCUAAAUACUCUAAAAUCUCCACCAUCCAACAACAGGUUUGCAGUUGUUUUAUGGGAAAGAAUGUUGCAACCUGACGCCUUUGUGUUGUAGUCGUGUUAUAAUUUGCAGAACAGGAAGAGAAAUAGCAUGAACUAAAGUUGAGGAUUAUAUAGGGUUGUUCAUUUACGCUUAGUACAGGAAACGGGUACCCGUUAAAGAAACCCAACGCCAAACAUGCCAACAUUCAAAUCUCGGAAGUUGCUGUUCAGAUUAUUUACAAAGGUCCACACGAUAGUACUACCACAUCCGUGCAUCAAUACAGCAAGAUACAAGCGUGUACAGAGACCUUAAUAGCUUUGUGGUGUAAACUGCAGCUUUCGCAAGCAUUAUAAUAUGUGAAAUAUGUUUUGUUUUCCCAUGUGGCCUGGUUUUUUUAUUUUGAAAAUUCCCCACAAAUGACUUCGAAACCUUUCUUUUCAUUGUCUGAGAAGUCACUCAGUAAUUUGUAAAGUUGGCUACGGGUACCCAAUCCCAUUAUCUAGAACCGGUUCCUGACAUUAACGGUCGGGUACUCGAUUCCGAUGCACUAGCCCUACAUGUAGCAUUGUGUUUGUUUUGAUGAGAGGCAGCAACUUAGGAGAUACAGUCAUUUCAGCAGCAUUCUACUCAUAACACCUUGUGUCAAAGGGAUAUCUAAAGUUUUACCUAUAUCCCAGCUUUGUUUUCAGAUAUUAGCCCCCUGGCUUGGGCGAGAGACUCUGGCUACAUACAGCCCAUGUACUGUGUCAUAACAUCGAAUCCUAUAAUAUUAGGCCAAAGUAUUUGGUCGUAUAUUUCCUAUAUUUUCUUCUCCUUUAAUGCUUCUAACUUAUUCUGAAGCCUCGCUGAAGACAAAGAGACAAAGCCAAGGCUUAAAAAACCCAAACAAAAAUUAGGAUGUCUUUUAUUUGGGAGAUGGAUUGGGGGGGGUGUUAAACAUGGUAUCCACCUGUUAGUGUUGGUGUUGCUGUUCUGGGAUAAUUUAAAAUGACUGAAGCAGAGAAGUAAGACUGUCGAAUGCCUUUUUUCCAAGUGGAAAAACAAUUCAUCAACGCAAUUGUGCAUUUUGUUCUUGAAAGUGAAUUAGUUCCCUGGCUACAAAACGUUGGUGCAUGUUGUCAUUUGGUGCAUGUGGUAAUGUGUUGACAUUUAGUCUGCCUGCAGUAAAAAAACAAAUUCCAGCUGAUUGAAAAGUCAUUGUUAAAGGAUGUGGAUAGCUUGUCACUGUGAUGAAGAUAAAAGGGGGAGUUAAAUGUUUCGAGAAAACCUAAGCAUCAUCUUGCUAUCUUUGAAUCUACAUUUACAUUUUAUGUACAUGAUUGAUAAGGUAUAGUGUCAAUGAUUAUCCUUAAUUGUGAUGAUAAGGCAAAGCCAUCAGCAUUAAGCAUUUUUUUGUCUUUCAAAAGUAUUCUUUUUAUUAGAAGUCGGGUCUGUUUUGAUUUUUUUCAAACAUAUGAGAAAGAUGACCCAAACGAAGUAUCUGAUAGAAGCAAGUGUUUCAAAUUCAGGUGUAAAACCAAAGUCAGUUUUCGAUUUUUUGAAAAGUAAGAAAAAAACUCGACAUACUACAAAGAGGGUUUUUUAUGGUGUUGUUUAUGUGAAACAAAGUGUCUAACUGGUUCGAUGGUGUAAUUCAAAGAUGCUCUUACCAUCACUUUUUUUAUUUGCUCGAACGUGUACUUUUCUCUGAGUUGCUAUUUACAUUGUACCUCCAAAUGCAUGAAGGGAAAAUUAAGAAGAGGAGACCGUUUUUCCUACCAAAACAGCGUGCAGUUAGCACACAGUGCAACUUUUUUUUUCACUUUCGUUGUAAUUUUAUAUUAAAACAAAGGAUGUCGAUACGUCAAAAACAGCAAUUCGGUAUCUUAGAAUUUUUUUCCCAAUCCUGUUUUUUUUUUCAUCGUAAAAAUAAACCAAAACAUAUUCAUGUAUAUCAUGUGAAAUCGUCA